UGUCUGACAAACAGGAAAGAUGAAGACACCAAUUCCAGUUCGGAGGUUGUGGAUUUUAGCAUCCUGUUUCAUAUGUGGUUUCGGUGCCAAUACAAACCUGAAUUGUUCUGACUACAAGGGCAAUAUUAUCCAGGAUGGGAAGACAUUUCAGCCAACCAAGGAUAUGUGUCAGACAUGUCGAUGUGAUAAUGGCUUUCCCAUCAUGUGUCACUCUGUCACAUGUGCCCCACCAACUACACCUUGUAAGUGGAAACGACUCACUGAUCAGUGCUGCAAAUUUGAGUGUCCAGAGACUGAUGUGAUAGCAGGGGGAGAUAACUCAAUCAACAGCACCAAACCAGUUGAUAGUGAGGUGGAUGAAGCAUCAUCAGACAGCAUCACCACACUGGGGCUCCGCUUAGUGGCCAGUACUGUCACGUCCUUCCUCGUGUUGGCACUCCUGCUGUUCAUGGUCCAUCGCCUUCGUCAGCGUCGCCUUAUGAUGGCUAUGAGACGUUACCAAGACAACCGACUUGAGCAGAUGGAGGAUUUUGAGGACAGAGUGAUCCCUGAGUAUUGGCUUCAGUGCCCUCCCUAUGAGGAUCCACCGCCCCCAUACACCCCACCAAAGCCUGAUACUCGUUUGCCCUCCAGGGAGGCACCACCACCUUAUGAGGAAGUACCCAGCAACAAUAACAACAUUAACAUGACAACCAUUAUCCAUAACACACAACAAAAUGGCCAAGUAGAUCAGGAAAUGCCCUCUAAUGUCAGUCAUGUCAGUCAUGAACGCCAGUCAUCUGACAGGAUCCAAGAUGCCCUCAACACCGAGUUGUUACAAAGUCUUCGUUUCCGUCAGCAACAGCUUUCACGUAGCAGUUCAGAGGAAUCUGUUGAUUUAUCUGUGACCAAUAACAGGGCUCGCUACAUCCGUAAAUCUAAUUCCACUGCCAAUGCAGGGGCUCUAUGUGAUGGAAACAGAACCACUUCAGGGGCAGGUAACUCUGACAGGAGUCGACGUCAUUCUGGUGUACUGGGUGGAACUUGUAGAAUAGGCCACAGCAACAGCUUUGCCCUUCCACCAUCCUUAUCCUGUGGGUAUGAUACAGUACCAUGGCACAAAACUGGCUACAGUCUCCCUAAAUCAUGUUCCAACACAGUUGUCACAAGGUCUAGGAAUGGGAACCAGGAUCGACCAAUUAGGAGGUCACGUUCGGGUUCAGGUAAUGUCAAACAGUGUUCACAUAGAAGUAUGUUACCACGUGAAUCAGAAGAUCUGUGUAGGUUAGAUGAAAUGUCACUGGAAUUGUACAACAACAAUAUAGAUGCUAACAGAACCACUGAAGAUGAGCCGUUGAGUGAGCCAUCAGAGCGACGAGUGGUAGCUGAUAUUACAGAUACAUUGGAAGGAUAUGUUCCACCGUCCUUCCAGGAUCAACCUGACAAUAAAAUGGUGGCUUCUUCCACAAGAAAGAAACCAACCUCACGUCACCAGAGAUACGGGUCUCUUCCAUCCAAUAUAUGUACAGACACACAAAUGCAUGGAAGUGCUAGUGCAGGACAUGUACGUACUGGUUCACAUGACAGUGCCGGAAAUGGAGCUCAGGUCUCCUUUGUAGAUCCGUGCCCACUGUUACCUCGUGUACACAAUAGUGAGAUAAUGACAAUGUCUUCUGAUCGGUAUGGUAGGGAUCAGUGUGAUAAUGUGGACAGAAAUCAACUAAUGAUGUUUUCCUCUCCUCAAAGGCCACAAAGCUUGGAACACUUACGCCAUCCCGGUCAUGCAUUUAACAUAACUGAUAUUUCAACAAUAUCAGAAUCUGGACAGUCUGGAUGUGAUAGCACUACGCAGCAAGCACCUACACAGCAACAGCAGAACUUACAGGACCUGCAAGCACUUCGGGAAUUAAGACUAUCCAAUUUGUUACGGAGUGCGGAGGGUGGCUCUGUAAAUAACUCCCCACCAUCUCCGGUACAGUCACUGCCUAUUCAGAAUACGGCCAUGCCUCGUUCCAGCUCUAUUGUUUCAGAUGUGUCAAUGUUUUCUGUAUGUUCAGAGACUGGAGAGAAAAAACUCUCCCAAAUAACUGGUCAGGCACUUAGGAGUGAUGCACAAUAUCCGGAAAAUGCUUUCGCAGGACGCCCGGCACUUUCUGUGUUUUCAGGGGCAGACAAUUCUGUAUCUUUAAGUAGGCCAGAAAAUGCUGAUAACAGCACUGGCAGUGAAACACACCCACUUGCUUGUGAAGUUAACGCUGAUAAUCAGAAUGGUAACAUUUCAGAAAACAAUGGCAUUAAAUCUGAUACUUGUACAGGAAAUGAAGCAUAUUGUGAUCAAAAUGACAGAGGCUUGCACCAUGUUAAUAGGAAAAAAGAUGAAAGACAAAAAUCUGGUAGGGAAAGUCGACUACCCCAUGUGAAAUUACGACACAAAAAUAAGCACCGAUCACAUCGGUCUUCAUCAGGUAGCAUUUCAUCUAGUAGUAAAAAAAGACACUCACUGACCUCUGACUCACCUUCUGAGUCUGCAACCACUGUAAGACCUUUGCCAAGAUCAAGGUCAGAGGUCAAGCAAAUGGAGGAACUUAACGCACUGAGGAAGCAAUAUAGAAUGAAAAAGGGUGAUUCCCAAUUAGUACACUGUGAUGCAGUGCCCCCUACUGGACAUAGACAUCAUUCAUUAUACGGAGAAUCAGAUCAUAGGACUUAUUCUCAAGGAGCCAAUAAUUGGGGCGAGGUUUCAGGAUUGUAUGCUGUUACCAGUAUAAUGGGGGAUAUGCGUCCUUCGAAAUCAAAAUCAAAGUCGAGUGCCACCCAUAAAUCAGGAAGUGGAAGCAACAAAGUUCAAAAAUCCCCAACCGAUGGAAACUCUAGUCUGUUUUGUCCUACAAAUGUAGCAUUUGUGAAAAAGAAAGUGAAAUCAGGUAAACGAGGUCGCCAAGGAAAUACUGCUGAUCAAAGAUCACCAAACAUCAAAAUUAGUAGCUUCUCUCCAUCUGGAAGCAAACUACCAAACAGCGAUUUAGACAUAGAGUUGUCUCCCAUGCACGAACUUUCCGAUACAAGCAUGAAAUUCAAAGAUGGUUUCAUUGUUGAUAAUCAAGAUGGAGUAGUAAUGUCGGAGUCAAGAUCAAACAUGGAUAACAACAAUUUUAGUAUGUAAUUAAAUACAUAGAUAAUAUAUCUUAAUACCCUUUCAAUAAACAGAGCAUAAAUAAGUUUUUUCUGCUACGAGAAUUACUGCCUUAAAAACUUGUCCUAGAAAAAUUAGAUACAGUGUAUCUGUGUAAGAUAAUAAUGAAGAGAAAUUCCAUUGUUAACAAAAACUAGUCUGAUCUGUUUGGUUAUUUUUUUAAAGACAAUGGUUGCCAUGGUGUUUUUAAAGUAAUUUCAAUAGAUGUUGAUAUGAGCAUAUCUAGUUGAUGUGCUGUAUACCCAACUUGUGCGUUUUUUUAAAAAUCAAGUUUAUUAUUGUCUUUUUACACUUUCAAUCAUUUGUUGCCAUAUAUGGUAAGAAUAAACCAUAGUUGAUUUGAUAAUUGAUACUUUUAUUAUAAUGUUUGCUUAGUCCAUUUGUUCUCAAUUUGAAUCUCUGAAGUAAACUUGGUUACAACAUGAAAUGUUGAAAGUUUUCUCUCUUUGUUUA